AAAUACCCCAAUUAUUCCUAGCCAAAGUUUAGGAUUUUGGCGGCCAGCGGUGAAAGCGAUCCGCAGAUAAGAAACAUAUCUGUUAAAGCCACAAAACACAUGGACCAUGGGUCUAAAUCUGCUUAGCAUCUGCCGACGAGGCCUCCAUACGUCUCCUGCCCGCCUACAGGUGAUCCAGGGCGUAGCGCCCACCAAACGGAUUUGCAUUGUGGGCGCCGGACCCGCCGGCUUCUAUGCCGCCCAACUGCUGCUGAAGCAACUGAGCGACUGUGUGGUGGACGUGGUGGAGAAGCUGCCGGUUCCCUUCGGACUGGUGCGCUUUGGCGUUGCGCCCGAUCAUCCGGAGGUCAAGAACGUGAUCAACACCUUCACCAAGACCGCCGAGCAUCCGCGUCUUCGCUACUUUGGCAAUGUGUCGCUUGGAACGGACGUCAGCCUGAAGGAGCUAAGGGAACGGUACCAUGCCGUGCUCCUUACCUAUGGCGCGGACCAGGAUCGAGAGCUGGAGCUGGAGAACGAGCAGCAGGGCAAUGUAAUAUCUGCCAGGAAAUUUGUGGCCUGGUACAAUGGUCUGCCAGGAGCGGAAAACCUCAAUCCGGAUCUCAACGGGCGAGAUGUUACAAUUGUGGGACAAGGCAACGUGGCAGUAGAUGUGGCCAGGAUGCUCCUCAGUCCUUUGGAUGCCUUAAGGGUCACGGACACCACGGAGUACGCCUUGGAAGCCCUUUCUCGUAGCCAGGUGGAGCGCGUGCAUCUUGUGGGUCGACGGGGUCCUCUGCAGGCCGCAUUUACCAUCAAGGAGCUGCGAGAAAUGCUCAAGCUGCCCAAUGUGGACACGCGCUGGCGAACCGAUGACUUUUCAGGAGUGGAUUCUCUGGUGGAGAAACUGCAGCGUCCACGCAAGCGUCUCACCGAACUUAUGCUCAAAAGCCUCAAGGAACAGGGCAGAGCUUCUGGUGCUGCUGGCUCAAAGCAAUUUCUGCCCAUCUUCCUUCGUGCACCCAAGGCAAUAAACCUGGGAGAAAUGGAGUUCUCCGUCACGAAACUCCAAGAGGACUACGCCGUGGCCACCGAUAACACAGAGCGUCUUCCCUCCGACUUGAUUCUCCGCAGCAUUGGCUAUAAAUCCAGUUGCGUGGACUCGGACAUCAACUUUGACACGCGACGCGGACGAGUUCACAACACAGAGGGACGGGUCCUCAAGGAUACCGAGAAAAUCGAUCCUGGUUUGUAUGUGGCUGGUUGGUUGGGCACGGGACCCACUGGCGUUAUCCUGACCACCAUGAGCGGGGCUUUUGCAGUGGCCAAGAGCAUCUGUGAUGAUAUAGCAGCCAAUGUGCUGGACACUAGUUGUGCCAAGCCAGGAUACGACGCGGCUGACAAGCGAGUGGUCACUUGGGAUGGUUGGAAAAGGAUAGACCAGUUUGAAAGCGAGGCGGGCAAGGCCAAGGGUAAGCCGCGCGAGAAAAUCGUAAGCAUCCAGGAGAUGCUGAAAGUGGCGGGUGUCUAAGAUAAUUAUUUUUGGUGUGUGUUUUUAUAAACAAAUCUAGCUUUCUUUUAUUUAUGUGUCGUUGAAAUCCCUUUGUUAUUAGUGUGUAAAUAUACAAAUUUCAUUUAUAAAACAUCAUCAAA